ACAAACAUGGCGGCCCACAGAGAGCUGUCAUGCCGAGCAGAGACGAGAGUAGAGUUUAAUCAAAGCUGACUGUUUUGUUUAAUUAUAGUUUACACAUUCGGGUUGUGUGUCUGUUUUAACCCGUGAGGGUUUUGUUUUGUGAGGAAAUGUCCAUGUUGUCAUCAGUGUUUGCUUCCAGGGGGAAGGUCAGGUCUCUGGUGUCUCUGAGCCGGAGGCUGUCCACCAACCAGCCCGGCUCCGGGGAUGGUUCUCACCUUCCUCCCGUAGAAGACUCCGCUUCUCUCCCGGACCAUGAGCCGCCCUCGGCGCCGACGCGGAGACCCAGAAAGAACCCCCGAGGCCGCUCCGUGCUCCUCUUCCCCGGCCAGGGGAGCCAGUUCGUGGGUAUGGGCAAAGCGCUCCUGAGAUACCCCAACGUCAAAGAGAUGUUCUCGGUGGCGCAGAAGGUCCUCGGGUACGACCUGCUGUCUCUGUGUCUGGAGGGACCCGAGGCGGAGCUGCAGAAGACGGUGCACUGUCAGCCGGCGGUGUUUGUCACCUCGCUGGCUGCAGUGGAGAGGCUCCACAGCGAAAACCCAGCGGCCACGGAGUCGUGUGUUGCUGCUGCGGGUUUCAGCGUUGGAGAAUUUGCUGCUCUGGUCUUUUCCGGUGCCAUGGACUUUGCAGAAGCUCUGUAUGCCGUGAAGGUGCGUGCGGAGGCCAUGCAGGCGGCGUCAGAGGUGGUUCCCAGUGGGAUGCUGUCUGUUAUCGGUAAACCCCAGGCUCAGUACAAACAGGCCUGUCUGCAGGCUAAAGAGCACUGCAAGAGUCUGGGGGUGGAGGAGCCGGUGUGCUCUGUGGCCAACUACCUGUUCCCUGACGGCAGGGUCAUCGCAGGGCAUCAGGAGGCUCUGGAUUUCCUCCAGCAGAACUCAAGAAGUCUACAGUUCAAGAGGACCAAACCUCUCCCGGUGAGCGGGGCUUUCCACACGGAGCUAAUGGCGUCCGCUACCGAACCCCUCAGACAGGUCCUCAAGCAGGUGGAGGUGCGGCGUCCUGAGAUCGCCGUCUACUCCAACGUGGACGGCAAACGCUACAUGAACGAGAGUCACGUUUGCAGGCAGCUGGUCAAGCAGCUGGUGUCGCCCGUGAAAUGGGAGCAGACGCUGCACGAGAUCUACGAGAGGACGCAGGGAGUUAACUUCCCCGACACCUACGAGCUGGGGCCCGGAAAGCAGCUGGGCGCCACGCUUCAGAUGUGCAACAGGAAGGCUUUCAAAACGUACUCUAAUGUGAAAGUCAUCGACUUUGGAGACUAAGAAGAGGCGAAGGCAGAUGGACGCUAAGAACUGAGAGCUCCUCUAUCUUGUUUGUAUUCUUGUGUAAUUAAAUAAGCGUUUUAUACUAA